AUGCACGACCGCAGCACUCAGGAUCUGCAUAAGAUUGCUUCUUCAGGGGAGGUUCAUCAUCCAGGAUUCUCCAUUGGCUAUUUUGAUUCUGGGCUUGGCUGUCAGGCCGAAGGCGUGGUGAGCCAGGGCGACUAUGAGAUCUGGAGCAAGAAGUUGGUGGUCUGCCGGAAGGAGAAGAGCCGGAUCAUUCUCUGGAGCGGCUUGGGAAGCGAAGUGGAACGCGAAGACGUCCUCUGGCCGUUGCGGAGCAAUGGUCGUGGCUGCAUCAUCCACAGUCGGAGGGAACCUGACACAAAGCUUGGGGAGAUCCUCAACGACCCGCAGGUGAACGUGCUGGAGGCUUGCCCCUGGAGCGCAGUGAAGCCUUUCUGGGACGGUGCUUCUCGAGCCUUUGCGGGCAGCUGGGCAGCUCGCGGUGGCGCGGAGAACUACAGCAUCGUCCUGGGCCACGACGCUGUCGGAAGGAUCUUCGAUACCAUUUUGUACAAGGCAGAAUUGAAAGCCCUUGCCGAGUCGGCUCAGGAAGGGCUGCGGGUGGACGUGCUCUUCACCGCAGCCAUGAGCCUCGAGGAGCAAGCCGUGCUGAGCAGCAUCUUGUACCAUCGCACUCGGCUGCUCUCCCCGAUGAGAGAGGAGGAGUUCGACGCCACAACCUGGCAGUACGGGGGCUGCCCAAAGGACGAACUGGCCUCCUGCGUCCCGGAGCAUCUGCUCGAGCCCAGCAGUACCCAGCUCCAGCGCCUGAUAGACAAAGCAAAAGAGGCAGAAGCCCACUAUGGCGGCGUGGCACGCAAAGCUGAGCGCCCAACAGCAAGUGUGGCCGACGGCCGGUGCCAACAGCAGCUGGAUGCAUUGACGGCUUUGAUAACAGAGACGUGCCAGGAGGACGCACAGAGAGGGUCGCCGGUGUCGGUGGGUGGCUGCCAGGCGGAGGCUGAAGGCGUCGUGAACCUCGGAGAUUUCGAGGUCUGGUCAAAGAGCCUAGUGGCUUGCGGCGAGGAUAAGUUGGACUUGCUCCUGUGGAGCGGCUUCAAGGAAGAGGAGCGCGAGGAAGUUCUGCGGCCGCUGAGAAGACGGGGUGGCUGCGCGCUACAGACAAAAGCGCCAGAAGACACCACCCUUGCGAAGCUCCUCAACGAUGAGAGGGUGAAAGUCUUGCAGGAUUGUCCCUGGAAGGUGACGAAGCCGUUCUGGGAUGGCGCUUCCCGCAACUUUGUCGGCAUGUGGGCGUCUCGAGGUAGGGACUAUUCCAGGUGGGUCGAAGUCAUCGUCGCCAUGGGCUACCACAGUGACCCAGCGCGCUCGCACAAGACCAUGUUCAACACAGUGUUUUUCAGAUCGGAGUUGAAGGCAUUGGCACAGGCGAGCCUCGGAGCAUUGGCAGUAAGGCUUGUCUUCACCAACCCUGGAAUGAAUGAUUGGAAGAUGACUUCUGCGACUGCAGUGGCUUUCGAGCGGGCACGGCUUCUCUCUCCUCUCGGAAAAGCUUCCUUUAAGCGCAAAACGGAGUGGCAGAUUUCUGAUUGCAGCGGCAAAAAGAGAGAUCUUGGCUCCUGUGCAGAGAGAGGGCAUGUCUGGCUUCUCGAACCAGAUUCUGGCCGGGCCACUAUUAGCCUGGCCCUCAUGUACCGGAAAGGCUGGGGCGUGCGGCAGGACGACGGCAAAGCCGUCGAGCUCCUCCAGAAGUCCGCAGAGCUCCUCCAGAAGUCCGCGGAGCUUGGCAACUCCGUUGCCAUGUUCGACUUGGGCAGCAUGUACGACGCCGGCGAUGGCGUCCAGAAGAAUCACAGCAAAGCGGUGGAACUCUACGAGCAGGCGGCCCGCCGUGGUGACGCCGCAUCUAUGUUCAAUCUCGGCCUAAUAGAUGGGGGCAAACAGAAUUACAACAAGGCGGUUGAGUGGUUCCAAGAGGCAGCGAACCGUGGUUUGGUGGAAGCCAUGUUCAAGUUGGGCUACAUGUACUAUCGCGGCAUUGGCGUCCAGAAGAAUCAGAGCAAGGCGCUCGCGCUGUUGCAAAACGCUGCGGACCUUGGUAAUGCCGAUGCCAUGUUCAUCCUGGGCAGGAUGUAUAACUUUGGGGAGGGCGUGGAGCAGAACGGCAGCAAGGCGGCGCAGCUGUACAGCAAGGCUGCGGACCUUGGCACUGACGAUGCCUCUGGAAACCUUGGAGUUAUUAUGUAUUCCUUCGCAAACCUUGCAAAAAUGUAUUACAAUGGUGCAGGCGUCGAGCAGAACUACAGCAAAGCGGCACAGCUCUACGGCAAGGCUGCGGACCUGGGCGAUGCCGAUGCCAUGCUCUACCUUGGAAACAUGUAUCACUCUGGCGAAGGCGUCGAACAUAACGACAGCAAAGCAGCACAGCUCUACAGCAAGGCCGCGGACCUUGGUAAUGCCGAUGCCUUUGUAAACCUUGGAGUUAUGUAUUACGAUGGUGCGGGCGUCGAACAGAACUACAGCAAAGCGGCACAGCUCUACGGCAAGGCAGCGGAUCUUGGCAAUGCCGAUGCCAUGCGCAACCUUGGAAACAUGUAUCACUUUGGCGAAGGCGUCGAACAUAACGACAGCAAAGCAGCACAGCUCUACAGCAAGGCCGCGGACCUUGGUAAUGCUGAUGCCUUUGCAAACCUUGCAGUUUUGCAUUACGUUGGUGCAGGCGUCGAGCAGAACUACAGCAAAGCGGCACAGCUCUACGGCAAGGCUGCGGACCUGGGCGAUGCCGAUUCCAUGUUCAACCUUGGACGUAUGUAUUACUUUGGUCUAGGCGUCCAGCAGAACUACACCAAGGCGGCUGAGUGGUUGCAGGAGGCAGCGGACCUUGGAAAUGCAGAGGCGAUGUUCAUGCUGGGCAGCAUGUGCUAUGAUGGCCGCGGUUUCCAGGUGAACCACACCAAAGCAGCCGAGUUUUGCCAGAGGGCGGCGGACAUUGGCCAUGUGCAGGCCAUGCUCACUUUGGGAAGGAUGUAUCACGAAGGUGAUGGGUUGCAGGCAGACUAUGCCAAAUCUGCGGAGCUCUUCCACAAGGCGGAAGCCCUGCAAAACCUCCAGUCUCAAUCGCAGGCUGCACGGAGAGGGGUGGCAUGA